AAUCUUUACAUUUUUAGGUAUGUAAUAGAGCUCUGCUUGGUUUGUACUGUUUAUUAUUAUUAUUUAUGUGCGCACACGGGAAGUAUGACAUUACGAGUGUUUCACGAGUUAACACGAAGCACGCAGCGGAUACAAUGAGCGUCGGCGAUGCAGAACAGCUCUGGAGUACGCGACAUCACCGAGCGCAACGUGAGUUUGAUGCUCAACAAAAGCGCGAACCAGUCAUGGCCGGACUUCCCGGAGCUCGCCGAGAGGAGCGACUUGGUGAGCGACGGGUCAGCCGUGCUGCGCAUCCUCAUCUCCACCAUUUACUCGGUGGUGUGCGCGCUCGGUUUGGUCGGCAACCUGCUCGUGCUGCAUCUCAUGAAAUCUAAACACGCGUGGAAGAAAUCAUCCAUCAACCUGUUUGUGACCGGACUAGCGGUGACCGACUUCCAGUUCGUGCUCACGUUGCCGUUCUGGGCGGUGGAAAACGCGCUGGAUUUUACGUGGCCUUUUGGCAGGGCGAUGUGCAAGAUCGUGUCGUAUGUCACAGCCACCAGCAUGUACGCCAGCGUGUUCUUCCUGACCGCCAUGAGUGUGGCGAGGUACCGCUCCGUGGCGUCGGCGCUGAAGAGCGGCCGCAGGCGCAAACGUCCGUCCGCGCGCUGUGUUAGCGCCGUGAUCUGGGCGGCAGCAGUCGUGGCCGCGUUACCACAUGCCAUUUUCUCCACCACAGCCACGGUGUCCAACGAGGACCUGUGCUUGGUGAAGUUCCCCGAUCGCAACAGUAACGCGCAGUUCUGGCUCGGGCUCUAUCACGCUCAGAAGGUACUGCUCGGCUUCCUGGUGCCUUUUGGGAUCAUUUCAGUGUGUUACUUGCUGUUGCUGCGCUUCGUAACGCACAAGCGCGCCAACGCGUCCAGCGCAAGGAGGCGCUCCAAAGUGACCAAAUCAGUAACCAUUGUGGUGCUGUGCUUCUUCUUGUGCUGGCUGCCCAACCAGGCACUGACCGCAUGGGGCAUCCUUAUCAAGCUGAACGCCGUGCACUUUAGCUACGAGUACUACACCGCGCAGGUUUACGUGUUCCCAGUGACCGUGUGCCUCGCGCACUCCAACAGCUGCCUCAACCCGCUGCUCUACUGUCUCAUGAGGAGAGAGUUCAGGAAGGCGCUCAGGGAUCUCUUCUGGCAGAUCACCUCGCCCUCCAGUACCAAUACGCGACCCUUCACGGCCUCCAGCAAACCAGAGCAUGAGAAACAUGCGCGCUCUGUGGUGCCGCUGAUCACACCCGACCCUGGCCUCGUCUUCUACCCGCCCGGCGUUGUGAUGUAUAACGGCAGAAAUGAUGUUUUGCCCAACAGCACUUAGACUGGACGUGAUAAGUCAAUAGGAGAUCAUGUUGCUUUUCGCUGGCCCAAUAGCAGAAACUUUAAAAGGGCCUCCAGGAAAUGUUAUGGAAAGAGCCGAAUUCUAACACGAACUCACAGUGACUGACUGGAGAACAUUUCCAAGUAAAAU